CGUCCAUCGUCUAUCGUCUAUCGUCCAGAAUCCACCGUCUGGGUUUUAGCACAUGCCCACUGGCUUUCAAUCUGUUGCUCUAGUGUUCUGUAUAUUUCAGGUAGCGACUCAGGACUCCAUUCAGUUUCAAGGUCCUCAAUCUGUUUCUGGGAAAGAAAACUUCUCUUGAUCUUAGAUGAAUUCUUAGAAAGAAAAUUAAUCUUGGCAAUUCCGGCCCCGGAAGUACCACAAGCUCUCAAGCUAUCUCCGUUCGAAUAACGGUUUCAGCCGUUUGGAAACUAGGCAGUCAAGCACAAUAUGAAUGCAACGCUUGGCAAUGCUCUCCUGAGUCAGUCAGACUUUCCUUCCAACUUCUGUUGUAAAAAUGUCACCGAGCAUGAUCUGAAUACCACGGUUUAUGCGUCUCAAAUCAUCGCCGCGUCUGGCACUGGACUAUUCUACUUGAUCAUGUUUUGCCUGGGUAUCCUCGGCGUUUGUUUCGAGCAAUGCGCCAAACUGCCCUCUUCUCAAGGUACGCUUUUCUUUUUUCUUGUAGGAGCACUGAUAACCUUUGUAAAUGUCCUCACCAAUGCAGACGAACUUCAGGUCAAGCUGACUUACCGCAUUUUCACAAUAUUUCUUAUUGGAAUUGUCUUCGCUGUAUUUGGCGCCGCGCUUUUCUUCACAGUGCCAUCCGGAGAUUGGGCAGAUGCACCAACUUUGGGUCGACAACAGCCUUCAAUGGGACUCGUAGUUACAUUAAUUACAUUACCUCUUGUCGCCAUCGAGAUUGUUCUUCUUGUCGCAAGUGCGGCUUCCAGGAAUACGGACGGGUCGGCAGGUCGACCGUUAACAAAGACAAUUUGGAUAUACGUACUAGUGGACAAAUCAAUAUUCCUCGCUCAAAAGAUUAUUCAAGUAAUUAUUUAUCUCUACCUACGGAAUACGAUUACUUGUCAGGGGUACAAAGAAAAUGCCCAGUUUUAUUUUAGAACACUGUCCUUCUUCAACUUAAUCGAGUGGGUCGACUCGCAGGUGAACGUAAACAGCGAUGUUCGAUUGAGCGGAAUAGCCAAAGAAGUUGAUGGCUGGUUUAAUGCUUUUACUGAUUUGUACACCGCACUAAUCAUAGAUUACCGCUUGUUGUGUUCGUUGCUUUUUCUUGAGCACUCAGUGGACGUUAUUGAAACUGAACACAACAACAACAACAACGAAAUCGAAGAAGCAGACAAUAUCGAAGGGCCUACCGGAAGAAACUUGACCCCACGCGAGCGACUGAUAAGAAACGUAGGAUAUGUCCUUGGUUUUUCCUGUCUUAUUGCCCCAGUGCUCUGUGGACUAUAUUAUGUGCACCAGUUUCACCUCAAACCAUGGGUCAAUGUCUCUGCUAUAAUCGUCAAUGCGACCAUCGUUGUUUUGGGAACGUGUCUUCUGUGCAGUAAUGACUUGGAUGGAGGAGGAAAGAAGGAAUCACAUGGAGUUAAAAUCAUGGUUUGUUGUAUGGGUGCAGUAGGCUUCACCUGCUGGUUGAUAAAAGCAGCCAUCGCUUGUGUUUGGGCGGCUACCGCAAACGCUAGAAGAGACAUGGGAGGUGACCCAUCAUACAUUGGCUGGGAUGCUCCAAAGUUUGUCGCGCGCUGUGUCACAACAGCAUUCCUGAUGGCUUUGUUCAUGCAAGUAAACGUCAGAGCCUUCCCCUUAAAAAACCCGAACAGAACAGUAAAUUAUCUUCUUGUACCUGCUCUCAUGUUAGCGAUAAUCUCUGUGUUUUUGGAGAGCUUGAUUGAUCAGUAUCUUGGACUGGAUAAAAUAUUCAGGUGUGAAAUCAAAGAGGAAAGCAUGAAGAUUCUUUUUGAGGCAGGUCCACCAAUGUACCUGGGAUUCCUAAUUCAUGUGUCUUUACACUUUGUUAUAAUCCUGACAAAUAUUGUAAAACGAGAUGGUGACUCACCAAAUUCAAGUUACAGAUCAGCUCGCUCAUCAACCAUCUCAGAAUACCUCGAUGCAGAGAUUGAUCCCGGUUGAUGUAGCGGCAACUUUUACAAAGGCAUACUAACUUAAGGAAAAUUAUAUUAGCAUUUAAUGAAAAGUUUCAUCUUGUGGCGAGCUCCGUGAGCGGACAGGAUGAACCAAAUCCUGCGCUGUGAUUGGCUACCUGAGCAUGCAAGAUAGCACUAUCUCUCCCGCUUGGGAUUAUUCGCUAUACCCCGCAAGAAGCAUGUGUUCUUUAUCCCAUAUCAUAAAUCUAAUAAUAAUAAUCGUUUGCUGGAAUUCUCCCGCCGCUGAAGCAGUAUCCAAGUCAAGUCACAAGGUUGAUUUCCUAAAAGCUUUAAUGGUCACAAGUUCGCAAAGGUUCUGACAGUGUCUUAACACGAAGCUAUAUCGAUCUGGACUAACUCCUAAAUUGUUGCGCAAACUCUUCUAAUUAAAAUGAUCAAGUUUCACGAUUUCGUAAUGUGUGCCCCAGUCCCCGACAAUCGUAUCUAUAACGAAAUUCUCGACCGUGAUUGGUUCUCCGCGCGCCUAUUUGUCACGUAA